GAUGCGUAAUGUUUGUUCGGUAACCUGCCUCAUAAUGUGCCGGUUUUAUUAUAGUCAUGUUCUUCCCAGCUCGUUAUAAAUUGGUGCUUUGGACGCUUGGCGGAGAUAAUUCGUCGCAGUCCUAUUUUUCUGUCCGGAGUGUUUUUAGUGUUGCGCUGUUUAAGGGCACCAAUACCGGAAGUGGCUGCAGAGCUGGCGGAAGACGAUGGCAGCGCGCUGGAUUGGGGUCGUAUGGAGGAGGUCGUGCUCCGGUUCCGCGGCUACCGGCCAGGCUACGGAGGCAGUCAAGAAACUGGGACGCUGGGAACGAUUCAAGAAUGGAAAAAUGGCUGUUUGGACAAAGAGCUUGCUGCACGACUAUGCCGAGGCCUGUAAGGACAUUGUCGUUGGAGCCAAAGAGCGGCCAGGCAAAGCUGCUUUCUACCUGUCCCUUCUUGCAGGUGCCGGGGUCUGUUCCUCCAAGGCCCCAGCGUAUGAUUCCUUCCAGAGCUGCAUGUUAGACGCCUCAGCCUCACUCCUCCUUCUCUCACCCUGGACGAGGAGCAGGAGAUCUGAUCAGCAUGUGCAGAAACUUAUGGACCUCAGGAACCAAGGACGAUUACGACACCUGGACCUUUUCCUUUUCUCUGUUGUCUAUGAAGCCCCCUAUGACCCAGACUGUGAUCUGUACCCGGCCCACUGCCCACACCUACAGCCUCGCUGGUCACAGUUGCCCAGCAGAGUCCUAGACGUUGGCUUUUUUGGACGUUGGUGGCUUCUCCGUGAGAAGAUGGAAGACUUUGAUGUGAAUGAAGAGGAAUUUGCCAGUUUGCCUGCCCCCAUGAGAACCAUAUCCUGGAACGACCUUCAUUCAGAAGAGAACGAAAAGCUCUUCCAGCUUAAGUUUCGGCCAAUCACAAUGCCAGCGGAGCAGACAGAAUAAGAGCCGACACAUAUGAUUGGUACAGCUGCUUUUGUGUAAAUCUGAGUCUAUGUAAUGUAUAAAUGAACAUAUACAGAAGACUAUA